AUGUCAACCAAAAAACCGACGAUCACUGUGCUCUACUUUGGAGCCGCAAGGACGGCGAUAGGCGUUCACAGCGAAACUGUGUCGUUGACCAUUACCGACGACAAGGGCUUCCCGUUGUCGGACCUGGGCCUGGUCCUCUGUAAAUUGCAUGAAGGGCGUGGAUUAAAGGAUGUUCUGAAUGUCAGCCAAUGGAGUGUCGACCUUGAGAUGGUCGAGGAUCCAGAAAAGAGGUUCCUCGUCGGUGGCGAAGAGGUUGCAGUUAUACCACCUUUUAAGCGCUUGAACCCUGCCACAACGCAAACUGGCCAUCGGUGGAUGCAGUCAAUGCCCAGCACCCUCAAUGCAAACAGCUUGUUUCAGUAUACUCACUCUACGACCGGUUUUGCGCCGUGUUUCUUGCGCGACUUGGCCAAGAUGACCACAACAAAUGUUGGCGGAAGCCGAUAUUAUUGGUUGGGUAACGUUCCGCUCGUCGUCGUGCGUGUUGUUGCGAUCAUUGUUGGCGUGGAUGUCUGGGAGCAAAAGUCGCGCAUCCUUCUGGAUGACGGGACAGCCCUCGUUCAGGGAUCGUAUCGACAUGUGCAGGAACUAGUCGACGAAUCAGAUGAACAAUCCAAAUCACAAGUAGGAAAGUCGAGUAGAGAGCUUCCAAAGAGGAAGCAAGUACGCUACGUUCCUCGACCUGUCCCUGCAAUUGGCACAGCGGUCAUUGUGCUAGGCAAACCGGAUGGCCAACGAAUGAAAAUAGACGAGCUGACGCCAUGCUCGUAUAUGGAAGAAGCAGCACACAUAAUCCGGGUCGUCGACUUGCACAAAACGAAAUACUCACAACCAUUCACGCUCCCUGAAUCUACAUCCUCUGGCCCACACAACAUGGUGCCCCUUGCCAUUCCGAUGACACCACCACGGAGGUCUCGCGAGGAUGGCGAGGAUUCCGAGCAAGAUCAUGACUGGACACCGCGCGCCAAGCGUCAUCGUCGAGACGAUGUAGAAUUGGAGACACCACGACCAAGGCAGACGGGAGCUAGAGCGCAUUCACCAGCUGAAAGCGUGAGCUCAGUCGCGUCUUCGGCACAUUCUGCCUUAUUAUCGCCUACAAAGUACCUCGUUCCUCCUCUCCUCCCUGCAUCAACACGUUCACAUCUUCACUCAUCUACUAUACAACCUUUAUCAUCUGAAACUAGCUUCGGUGUCUCGUCCAACAAAGCUUCGACAGAGACAGGCCUGAAUACGAUGGCUCGGCUGAGGCAUCCUGCAAGGAGGAAGGGGAAAGAUCUGAAUGUGGACAUGUUCCGUCUCUAUGUCCAGUACUACAUACACACAGUACAGGCGCAUGCUCAUGCGCAAGCGUUGGCAAAGCGUUUCCAUGCGUCCUCUUCGAGUGCGUCAACAAAAGGAGCAAACUGCCCACCGCGGAGGAUGGAAACGGGAGGAUCCUCGUCAAGAAAUGGAAAAUUGAAGACGCGGGAGCAGAAAGAGCGCGAGCUGUUCGCGAGUGACGAGGAGAGAAGGGGAUUUGCGCUGGGAUACCUCCGUCGAGUGCCCGAGCUACAAGAGAUGGCAAUUCGCGUCGUUAAUCAACAACGCAAGACUAUGCGAACGACGAAACGGAAAAAAGACGAAGAUGUUGCUGAGACCAAACGCAAGGACAAGGAGAAAGCCCACGAUACGCGCAAAUACGUGAAAAGGCUGUUUAUCGAGACGACUCGGACUCUUUACCAGCAAGGAGCGAUCGUCUUACAUACCGGCGGUGCGAGGAAGUGGAGUCGCGAAGAGGCAGAGUGGGUGAACAGUCUGCGAAUAUGGAAGCUCAAAGGAGAUGAGGACAUGUCACAGAGCAUGGAUAUGUCUUCAAGGACCCUAGACAUUUCCUCAACGACGCUUGGCGAUACAACCAGGGUAUCGGGCAUUGCAGAGGGUACGGAUAUGGUGCUAUCCGACUUGGAUGAGGAGGAGGAGAGCUAUAUUCCCACUUCGGUGGAUGUGCUCGCUCAACCAGUCCUCCUUGCCCUCCGUGACGCACUCAAGCGAGCAAAAUUCAAUAACGCGGCGGAUGCACGAGACAGGAAUGCAAUUGCGUACAAGGUGCAAGGAGUGAGCGAGGAGGAUAUCCUGGAAAGUCUGCACGCGAUGGACGAUACCUGGGCGCGCGUAUGGGAUGUAGGUGAAACACUGGUUUACCUGGAGAAUGCAGGCUUGACGUAUCUAUACAAACCGGGGGCCUGGGGUGUUUUGUGA